AUAUCACAACCGUGUAACAGGUUCUUUGUAAAUAGUGACGAGUGUGCCAUGUCUUUAACUUCAUUUUAACUAAUGCUGUGGAUUUUGUCACUGAUGUUGGUGAAUCUGUCUCAUUUACUUAACAUAUGGCGUCCUCUGCAUUGUGGGUCAUUCUGGCGCUUCAGUUUGGAUUAGGACAAAGCUUGCACAAGAAUCUCCAUGAUGAUCAUUAUGUUGGCCAGCAGCACAACCCUGAACAUGACGUGAACAUCCUCCUGGGAGAUGAGGACACCGAGGAGAUAAAGCUACUUAGCCCAACACAACAGAAGAAAAAGAUGAUGGAAAUUGUUAAGCGUAUUGAUUCAAAUGCUGAUAAUCUGCUAAGUGCAGAAGAGAUCACGCUGUGGAUACAGCACGUCUACAGAAAGUAUGCUCUGGACGACGCAAAAGAGCGGUUCCCUGAGUUUGACAACGAUGGAGACGGUGUCGUGACAUGGGAGGAAUACAACGCCGUCGCUUACGACCAGCUUAUUAGUUUGGACGAUGACGCUGUUCUGGAGGAUCCAGAGCAAGCGUCCCUCAGAGAACUCCACCUGAGGGAGAGGAGACGCUUUGACUUUGCUGAUGUGGACGGCACACCUGGGCUGAAUGUGACAGAGUUCCUUGCCUUCACCCACCCAUCUGAAGUGGAUCACAUGGCUGACUUUACCAUUGAAAAUGUGUUAAAUGAAUAUGACACCGAUAAAGAUGGACUCAUCAAUCUGAAUGAAUUUAUUGGAGAUGUUCGUGGUGAAGAGGAUUCUCCUUCCCAGUGGGCGAUCGAAGAAACCGUGCGCUUCCAAGACCUUUACGAUCAAGAUAAGGAUGGUGUGUUGAAUCGAGACGAGCAGCUCCGCUGGGUUGCACCUAACAGCUACGGCUCGGCAAGAGAAGAGGCUCUUCACCUCAUCAAAGAGAUGGACCACGAUGGAGACGGGAAGAUCUCAGUGGCCGAAGUCUUGAAGAAUCAAGAAGCGUUCAUGAACAGUGAAGUCACGGACUACGGGAGACAGCUGCAUGCGUCACAUGAUGAACUCUAACUAAACUUCGUGCUUUCUCAUUUGUGUCCCUGAGGAUCUACAGUAGUGUGAUUUGUUGCUUUCACCGGAUUUAUGUGGUGACUAACUGAUGGUUGACGUAGAAAAUUACCUGGAAAGAUAAUAUGAUAUAUGACAACACCAGCAUAAUACAGCACACUGUUCACAUCCCCCCAAAAAGGCAAAUGUCAUGCAAAAUUCUGCUGUUUCCCUAUAAUUUGAGAACAACCAGUCUAUCUGUCACAGUUCCUCAAAACAAAUCAUUCAUUGCCACCUGAAACCGUUUUAUCAUUUUCAAAAUCAUAUCCCCGGAUAAAUGAGAAGUAUGAUUGAGUGCAAACACUGUGAACACACACUAAUGUCAUGUCACGUGAUAGCGAAGGCAGAUUGUGGUAAUGUAGCUUAUUUUUUAGUUAAAGCUAUAGAUUAUCUCAUUUUAAAUGAGAGGGAAGCAUAUUAGUUUAUCUCACAGCAGCUGGAUCCUUAAUGAAAAUGUCACGGGGAAGUCCUGGUAUGUUGACAAAGUGUAGGAUUGAGUUGGAGUCCUGACACCGGCACGCACAAGUUGCGCAACUCUUAAAUGGCCGUGGUUUCAUCAAAACCCCCGACACCAGAAACUUCCAAAAGUUGUAUGUGUUGAAGCGUUUUUACGUUAGAUUGCAUAUCAUUGUGAUCCCUUCCAGUUGUUUUGGUCCACUCUCGACUAGUAAUGUGAUUGUACCGCUUUAUAAAGACAAGAAAUGUUGAGCUGUGACUGAGUCAUCCUGAGAUUUCCUCUCACUCGUGGCAGAAGUGACCCGACACAAGUACCAGUUCUAUGGUGUUAACUACUGACACGUUAAGGCUCUUCCUCAUUUGAAUAAAGUGAGUGCUGCUGCUGGCGGCUGUUUCCUGAAUGUGUCAUGAUCCGUUUCACUUGCAUGAAGUAACAGCCCGUUAACACCGCAGGUCUUAUAUUUGAGAAGUUUGUCAACCGUGGACACUGACAAGAUGGCAUUACUAUUUAAAGAUGCCUUUUGGGUGAGUUUGUGUGAUGCUACUAAUCAAUACUUUUUAAUAUUGUUUUUUUUCUUCUUACCAUAAAGUCGGUUUUGUACUCGGUUCACUGGAGUUUUUAGGUGAUUUAGGUUGUGUACCCUUUCCACUUCUACUGAACUUAUGCUUCUCAUUGUAUGUGGAGAGCAGGCUACCAGAGCUCCCGCCGUACCAAUUGCUUGUAAUGGUUUUGUGUAAUGCAUGUAUUUCACUACCGUUACCUAAACACUCGGUCUUCUGAUAUCUGAUUCGCUCGGAUUUAUUUCCUUUUCCUUAUUUUGAAACUCACUGAAUUGUCACUUGGAUUAAAACAUUCACAUUCG